UUGAACCAAGAAAAAAAAAAGAGGAAACCCUUUGCCUGACGCAGAUCAGCCCGAUUCUAAUUAUACCAACUAAUCAAUUCAUUGUCUUCGUUGGGCUUUUAUAAAAGCUCGCCCUACCCCCGCGCGCCUCCCCCCUCGUGUUUCCUUUUCUUUCACCAUGUCCUCUGCACAAGACGAGUUCAAUCGCCUCGCCCAUAACAGCCGGGAGCGAUACUCCACCCAUCCUGAAGACCGUGACAACUCUGACCGUGACUCCAUUCCCGACUCGGACGACGACGCCAACGACCAACCCCAGUACUCCGACGACGAAGACCACGAUCCCAACAUGUCUCGCACAAGUACCUACCAUGUCCCGAACAUGGUCUACGAUGCCAACACCGGCCCGAAAGGUGUCAUUGCCGACGCCCAGGCCUUCGAACGUGCCCGUAAGGGUUCCUUCCGCCGCACCUUGUUCGGCGACUCGCGCCCCUCCAAGGCUGUGACCGAUGACGCAACCCUUCUACACAACUCUACACCCCCGGAUGGCUCUGGCAGCGAAGAAGAUGAGGAUCGGUUCCUUCGCCGGUGGCGCGAGUCGCGCAUGGCGGAGCUGCGCCAGGUUCCUCACCGGCGAGCGAGUCCUCGCCGGAAAAUGUACGGCUCGGUGGACACAGUCGACGCGGUUGGAUAUCUGGAUGCCAUUGAGAAGGUGACGUCGGAUACGAUAGUGGUCGUGUGUGUCUAUGAUCCCGAGUCCAAAACCAGCGCUCAAGUGGAAGACUGCUUGGCAUCGAUUGCUCGCCGCCAACCCUCCGUUCACUUCAUCAAGCUGCAUUACGAAAUCGCCGAGAUGGACCAUAUCCGGGCUCCUGCCCUGUUGGCCUACAAAGGGGGGGAUGUUUUCGCUACCAUUGUGGAGAUUCCUCAACAGAUCCCCCGUGGAAAGAGCUGCACCGCCGACACUCUGGAGGAUCUACUGAAAAUGAAUCGAGUUUUGUGAACUACCUAUUCCUCAUCCACUAGCCUCUACCAGACUCCUCGAUACCACUCCUCCCACCGGAACCGGAUGUUUCAUCGAUUGAAGCACAGCGGGCGCUCGGGCUGCUCUUCGUUUCAU